UCAUUCCCCUGGGGUGCUCACUGCGCCCACUGCAUUACCGCUCCUGAAACUACAAUUUCAACCUGCUCCAGGCCUACCAUGCGCCCACAAGAUACUCGCGGGGGCAAACCGGAGGGGUCAACACUGCUUCCUCCGAUCCAGCAUGAACCGGGCGCUUGAUUCUUCCAAUCGUCCAGAGAGAGAGAGAGAAUAUCCAUUUUACUCACAUUUAGAGAGAGAGAGAGAGAGACAGAGAGAGAGAGAGAGAGCGCAGAUAUCACCUUCUUCUCGGCGCGGGAGGAUUCUUCAUCGUCAUCUUCGUCUUCUCCGUCGGAAUCCGCCUUCUGCUUCCGCAUUCAUAUAACCUCGUCUCCUCCCCCUUUCGCCUUGGGGAAUCCCUCGCCUCCUCCGCAUUCGACCGCUCCUUCCUCUGCCUCGGCGAGCUCGGCCGCUCCUUUUUGUAAUGGUGAUGGUGGAGGACAAUGAGAGCAGCGGAAGCAGAGAGGUCAGCGAGGCGGCUUCUACGCCGCAGCAGAGCAGGCAGCAGAGGAAGAAGCUGCAGGUCUACAACGAGAUCCUCCGCCGGCUCAAGGACUCCAACCGCGAGGAGGCCGACACUCCUGGCUUCGACGACGAGCUCUGGAACCACUUCAAUCGACUGCCGACUCGGUAUGCCCUUGAUGUGAAUGUGGAGAGGGCGGAAGAUGUGCUUAUGCAUAAGAGGUUGCUGCAUUUGGCUCGGGAUCCUGCAAAUAGACCGGCAAUUGAAGUCCGCCUAGUACAGGUUCUUCCUGCUUCCGAGGUGAAUUCAAGUGAUCCCAUCCAUUCGAGUUACCGUAAUAAUGAUUCUGGUCUGAGAUCUGAAAGUAAUCCCAGCAGACAAAGCAUUCAUCCGCCACCUGCCUUUGGUUCGUCACAGAACCUUGAAGCCCUUGCUGUUGAAGCAAGUAAUGCUCCUACCAAGGAUGGAGACAAUUCUGUCCAUGCUAAUUCACAAUAUUCAAGGUUCAUGCAUGAAAUCACCUUUUCGACGGACGACAAGCCAAAGCUUCUGAGUCAGUUGACAGCCUUACUUGCUGAGAUUGGGCUGAAUAUUCGAGAGGCCCAUGCUUUUUCUACUGUCAAUGGAUACUCAUUAGACGUCUUCGUUGUUGAUGGUUGGCCAUAUGAGGAAAAAGAUCAGCUUAGAGCCACACUGGAGAGGGAAGUACAUAAAAUUGAGGGGCAGGCUAGACGAAACAGUUUUUCACCGUCUCCAAGCCACGAGCAUCCAAAAACAGCUAUCAAAUGUGAGCCUGAACAGGAUCAUGUUUCCAUACCUAAUGAUGGAACUGAUGUUUGGGAGUUAGAUCCAAGGUGUCUGAAGUUUGAAAAUAAAGUUGCAUCUGGUUCUUAUGGUGACUUGUAUAAAGGCACAUAUUGCAGUCAGGAAGUGGCUAUUAAGGUUCUGAAGCCUGAGCGUGUAAAUUCAGAGUUGCAGAGAGAGUUUGCACAAGAAGUUUUUAUCAUGAGGAAAGUUCGACACAAAAAUGUAGUACAAUUUAUUGGUGCAUGCACCAAGCCCCCAAGCUUAUGUAUUGUGACAGAAUUUAUGUCUGGUGGGAGUGUUUAUGACUAUCUACACAAGCAGAAAGGUGUUUUCAAGCUUCCUUCCUUGCUGAAAGUAGCGAUUGAUGUGUCCAAGGGAAUGAAUUAUCUACAUCAAAAUAAUAUUAUCCACAGGGAUUUGAAGGCUGCCAAUCUACUGAUGGACGAAAAUGAAGUCGUCAAGGUAGCUGAUUUUGGUGUUGCGAGAGUGAAAGCUCAGUCUGGAGUAAUGACUGCAGAAACUGGGACAUACAGAUGGAUGGCUCCUGAGGUCAUAGAGCACCGGCCAUACGAUCAUAAAGCUGAUGUUUUUAGUUUUGGAAUCGUGCUGUGGGAGUUGCUAACCGGGAAGCUUCCUCACGAGCACCUGACCCCAUUACAAGCAGCUGUUGGAGUUGUCCAAAAGGGUAUACGCCCUGUCAUCCCGAGAGAGACCCAUCCCAAGCUUGCAGCGCUAUUAGAACGGUGCUGGCAGCAAGAUCCAACAUUAAGACCUGAUUUUGGUGAAAUUACAGAGAUCUUGAUGCAAAUUGCCAAGGAGGUUGGAGGCAACGGAGAGGAUCGGCGCAAGGACAAAUCAUCUGGUGGUUUCCUCUCUGUCCUUAGAAGAGGCCAUCAUCACUAGAAGGGUGUGCGAGGUACUCUGAGGAUCGCUGUAACAAUUACGAGCUUCAACUUUAAUAUUGUAUCUCUCUUGCGGCUGCCAAUUUUAUUUUAUUUUAUUUUUUUUCCCAUUUUGGGUUCGCAUAUUUUCUGUACAGUACCUGUCCUCAUAUGGCUAAUUUUUCACAUCGCCUGAUUUUGAUUUUCUUAAUAUAUCCAAAUAAAUCAAUAGUAUUUACUGUUAGUA